UUGAAGGAUUAGUUUGGCGGUGGCUACUCUCGUCACCAGCGUGUUUUGAGGUCUCGCACGCAUCUGUGUGGUCUUGCGAUUGAAAAUGCAGAUCUUUGUGAAAACACUAACGGGGAAAACUAUAACCCUUGAAGUUGAGCCUGCUGACACUAUAGAAGCUGUGAAGGCUAAGAUUCAAGACAAGGAAGGCAUACCACCAGAUCAACAGCGUCUUAUUUUUGCCGGUAAACAGCUUGAAGAUGGACGAACACUGUCGGAUUACAAUAUUCAGAAAGAGUCAACAUUACAUCUUGUACUUCGUCUUCGUGGUGGUAUUAUUGAACCUACUCUGAGGCUGUUGGCACAAAAGUACAAUUGUGAGAAAAUGAUUUGCCGAAAGUGUUACGCUCGUCUACAUCCGAAGGCUACUAACUGUCGCAAGCGAAAGUGCGGCCACACCAGUAAUGUACGACCAAAGAAGAAACUCCGUUAAGCAUAAUUGAAAGUGAAUAAAAUUUUAUUCGG